AACCCACAAAAAGGAGAAAAUGGAAGCAAAAGAAACCAAGAACUAAGAAAAUGAUAAUUGGAAAAGUAAAAGAGAAAGCAAAGCAGAAAAUGAGCUAUGUCCCAGGCCAACAUUUUACAAAAUUUGUCAGCCCCAGCAGGCAUGGGAAAGAGAGGAGCAAGGUUACCAGGGUUCUGCCUCAACAGAAUUAGGCCACAUGCAAGGGUGCGUUCACCAUCUGCACAAGCCAUAAAGCAUGAAAACACCACAAUUGGCACUACAAUUGAUCAGAAAACUGAGAAUUCUUGCAAUGCAUGUGAGGAGAAAUCUGAUGAAGGGGUGAAACAAGGGUCUGUGAUUGGUAGGAAGAUCAUGAUUGUGGUUGAUUCUAGCCUUGAGGCCAAGGGUGCUGUGCAGUGGGCUCUCACUCACACAGUUCAGAACCAGGACACUAUAGUUCUUCUUCAUGUCAUGAAGCCUUCUAACAAACAAGCAGGCUCAGAUGAUGAAGAAUCCAGCAAGGAAAUAGCUCCAAGGGCUAAUGAACUUGCUUCCUCCUUCAAGAACAUGUGCCAAGUAAAGAGACCCGAGGUACAAACUGAGAUUGCAGUGAUAGAGGGAAAGGAAAAGGGUGAAAAAAUAGUGGAAGAGGCGAAAAAGCAAGGCGUGGCACUUCUGGUUUUGGGGCAGAAGAAGAGGUCCACAACAUGGCGUCUUCUGAUGAUGUGGGCAGGGCAGAGAGUAACUGGUGGGGUGGUGGAGUACUGCAUUCAGAAUGCACAUUGCAUGGCCAUUGCUGUGAGAAGAAAAAGCAAGAAGAGUGGAGGAUACAUGAUUACUACUAAGCGUCACAAAGAUUUCUGGCUAUUGGCUUAAUCAAUGAACCAAUUUUAUGGGGUGUUGUGAGCUUCAAGAAAUAUACAAGUAUAAAUCAUAAAUCAUGUUUUUUGGUGUCUGUAAUCCACAAUGUUUGUACAUAAUAAAGUGUGCAGAGAAUGAACAUAAAAAAAAGGAUUGGAAUUAUUAAUUAAGAGUGGAAAAGGGGCAUGGUGUCCUUAUGUGGGCCAUUAUCCAUAAUGGGCACCACAUGGUGGCAUUGGGAACUUUAGGUUCCUUAAGAAUGCUACAGAGCAGAAUAAGAGCAUGGAGUGCUUCUUCCUCUAUUUUCCUGUUUUUCUUCCGGCACUUCGUAAAAUUGG